AAUUUUUUUUCGAUUUUCUCCAAUAUUUCUGUGUUCUGAUAGCCCCCAGGGCUGCGUUUACUCUUUAGUUUACUCUUUAACUCAAAGUUUACUCUUUAACUCAAAGUUAACUAGAGUUGACUCUAUAGCGUUCAGAAACUCGAAUAUGACCGGAAGUACGUUCAGAGUAAGUCGUUCAUAAAUUUGAUAGAGUUAACUCCAGAGUUAACUAUCUUAACUCAUGUCAAAGAGGUGGGUAGAAAUAACUCGACAUGCGCAGUAAUGAGUGUCUGUUUACCUUAACCUAAAUAAGAGGUACCUUAUAAGUAAUGGUGCAAAUAAUACACACCCCAUUACUACUGAUUACCACUAGAAACAAUAUAAAGAUACUUUUAGGCGUAUCUAUUCUAUUUUCAAUUCUAUACAAAAUGGAAAAAUAUGUGAUAGUGACAGACGAAAUAGGAGGAAGAAUUCUAAAUGAAAAUGGCCUUACAUUGUUACAAAAUGUUGCAGACAAGAGUUUAAUGUAUGCUAAAAUUGCAACAGAAGAAAUGUCGACCACUGAUGAAAGCUGUCAAAGCUCUUCAUUUGAACAUAAUAGCACCGAUGAAAAGAACAGUAAAUGGACGCAUGAUGCAACAGUAGCAUUAAUAUACGAAUACAAAAAUAAAAUGAGUAUGUUUCAAUCAUCCACAAUACGAAAUGAAGCAGUAUGGAAAAUAAUUUCGACAAAUUUGGGCCAGAAAAAUUUUUAUUACACACCAAAGCAGUGCGAAUUUAAAUUUAAAAAUUUGAAAAAGAAAUAUACUGCAAAAGUUGAUAAUAUGAAAGCGACAGCAAGUGGUGCAGCUGUUAUAAAAUUUGAAUAUUUUGAUGUAUUCAACGAAAUGUUAGGACGCAAACCCAAUGUCGUUCCUCUUGCAACUGCAUCAUCUUCUAGAGGUCAGGGAAUAGCGUUAGAUACCGAUUUAAAUGUAGAAAAUAUUUUGCAGGCUGAUGAUAUUGAAAAUAACAAAGAGAAUAUAGAAAUAAAACAGCGUUCCUUUGAAGAAGAAGCACCAAAGAAAAACAUUCCCCAAAAAACUAAAUUUGAGCAAAUGUUUGUGCAAUUACACAAUAUUAAUAACAAAAGAGAAGAGGCAAAAUAUAUAAGGCACAAAGAACUUAUUGUUGUUCAAGAAAAUGCGAUAAAGGUUUUCAGUGAAAAAAUGGACCAAUUAAUCGAUAAGUUGUAAUUUUUCUUUUAUAAAGCCAAGGGUACACAAAAAAACUUAAGGCACUAAGACAUAACAGUAAGCGAAACGGCCAAUUACCUUACAUUCUCUAUCGUGAUUGACUAAUUCGCUUACUAUAACGUCUUACUACUUUAAGUUUUUGUAUGUGUCCCUGGCUUAAUAGGCAGACUUUAUCACAUUUUCAAUAUUUUUACGUUGUUGUAUGAACAUAGAUGAAGUGUUCAACAAUUUAAAUAUACAUAAAGUUUAUAUGCUAAGAAUAUUUAUGUUAUACUUAAGUGUUUCCACGAUAAUUAUUAUUAAUUACUGAAAAAACGUUUUUUAUUUACUUUAAGUAUUAAUGCACAAAAAAUGCAAAACUGUGAUACUUACAGACUGCUCCACGAUAAUUAUUAUUAAUUACUGAAAAAACGUUUUUUAUUUACUUUAAGUAUUAAUGCACAAAAAAAUGCAAAACUGUGAUACUUACAGACUGCUCCACAUCUAUAUAUAAUAUUUGUUCUUAGUUUUAAUAGUUAACUUUGUUCAUUUUGUAAGUUAAUUUUUUUAUUUGUUUUUUUAUUCAGAUUUUUAUCAAACUGUCCAAAGUAAACAAAUAUUAUUUUUAGUUAUUAUAAUAAACAUAUUUGAAUAUUCUGAUAAAUAAAAU